AUGGCAACGUCACCUACUGACACUGCCGUUCUUCCGACGCCUCGAUGCCAGGCGCCCAUGGACCAGACAGUCCAGGGGGGGGGUGUGGCAUUCCUCCGCCACUUCACCCUGCGUCCGCGCCGAGUCAUCCUCCGCGUCGAUAAAUGGGUUGGUAUAUCCGUGCCGACGUUCGAACGUUUCCAAUGGAAGGUUCUCUCGAUCCUUGUCUCGUCUUUCCAAAACGUUCUCUUCCUCGACGCCGACUGCCUCCCCAUUCUCAACCCAGACACGAUUUUCCACCAGGGGUCCGAGCCAUUCACCUCGGCCGGCCUCAUCACCUGGCCUGACUUCUGGACCUCGACCGCUUCCCCCCUAUUCUACAAGGUUGCCGGCGAUAUCGACAUCCCGCCCAUCACCUCGCGUGCCACCUCGGAGAGCGGGAUACUCGUGUACGACAAGGCCCGCCACGCCGACACCCUCCUCCUUGCCGCCUACUACAACUAUAACGGGCCCAAGCACUACUAUCCCCUACUCAGCCAGCACGGUGCGGGGGAGGGUGACAAGGAGACCUUUCUCCAGGCUGCACUGGUGCUGGAAGCGCUGCGACAGAAGGGGGUGUAUCAGCAGCCAACGGCGUGGAUGAGAUCGGGGGCUGGGGUUGGGGUUAAAAAGGGGUAUUAUGAUGUAAAGAAGCCCCCGGUUGUGCAUGGGCGGUCGGCCAGGGGCAAGUGGACGGGUAUGUUCCUCUUGCAGAUGGACCCUAUGGAGGAUUACCGUGCCGUUAUGGCCGCCAUCAACAAGGUCAGCAAGCGAGACGAGGCAGAGGCUAUCGUUAUCGAGGACUUCCUGACCAACUCGACCUUCCUUGACACCCUUGGGGACCUGAAGCUAGAAUACCACGGCCACUCCAUGUUCUUCCACCACAGCGGUGUCAAACCUGACUUCACACGCAUUCUCGACGAGAAAUGGAGCCUCGUCAAGACAGACGAAGCGGGCAGGUAUGUACGGAUGUGGGGACAUAUUGGUUGGGUCAUCGAUACCCUUGGCCGAGAUGUCGAGAAAUUGCUGUGGGAGGACUCGAUGCAGGUCUAUUGCCAGGAGGAUCUGGCCCAGUUUAAGCGCUUACAGGACGUGUGCGCCAAGAUGCGUGUGAUCCAUGAUCAGCUGUAUGCCUAG